AUGUCCUCCGACCAAGUCCCAACGCUCCGCGAACGACUCGAGAAGCUUCCCCAAGAACUCUACAACGAGAUCUACAACUGGACAUUCACCGCCAACACCAGAAACCGCGACAUCGAUCGCGGUCGACAAGAGACGUUCAUCGCCCCUGACAGCGGGACUCUUCUCCAAGUGGACCAUCUCUCCCGCCAGCAAUUCGCCGCUUCGUACUAUGGCGGGGAACAUGUGGUGUUCGUAGCACACGACUCCAACGCCAACGUCGGGUCUUGGAGACGGUGGUUGCAGACGGUCCCUGCAGAGCAUCGGCACAUGAUCCGGGAGUUGCGGAUCAUCUGGCCGUGUACGCAGUCGUCGGCUUCGGAUGUCCUCGAUUACUACGAUCGACGGGGGAAACGGUAUCGGGCGUUGGCCACGCUCUUGUUUGGCGGGCAGGUGGCGGAUAGGCUGCGGUUUGGGUACUCGGAAGAGUAG